AUGAUGGACGGAAAUGAUUUAGCUUCAGAAACAACUAGAAGAGGAAUUAUUUCCCAAGCAUGGACGCGUAUUUCUCAGGUUUAUCAAGGUACAUUAGAUAAGUGGACACCUCAUACCAAAGGAAGGUGGUUUGGAAGUAUAUUACUUUUAGCUGCUUUUGUUCUACGAAUAAUUACGAAACAAGGGUGGUAUAUAGUUACAUAUGCACUUGGAAUAUAUCACUUAAAUUUAUUUAUUGCAUUCCUUACACCGAAAAUAGAUCCUGCUAUGGAUUUUGAUGCUGAUGAUGAAAAUGGCCCAGCUCUACCAACUCGUGCCACAGAAGAAUUUAGGCCAUUUAUACGGAGAUUACCAGAAUUUAAAUUUUGGCUUUCCGUUACAAAGAGCACAAUCAUAGCUUUUUUCUGUACAUUUGUUGAAGCUUUCAAUAUUCCAGUAUUCUGGCCUAUUUUAGUCAUGUAUUUUAUAACUUUGUUUUGUAUUACAAUGAAAAGGCAACUCAAGCAUAUGAUCAAGUACAGAUAUCUGCCAUUCACCCACAGCAAGCCAAAGUACAAAACUGUAGAAUCAACAGUCACCGUAAAC